ACCCAUAACAAAAGCAGAGCAUCAAUGUCGUUUCACAGUGGAAAAUCCAUCUUUGUGAAGCUCACCUUCUUCUCUCUGCUACUUCUUCUUCCCUUAUCACAAAGCAACGCUACUCGUAUCCCUUCGAUCCCGAGAGGUCCUAUUGGCCCGAGAAGACCGAUUUGCCCGGCUUGUGUGUGUUGCCAGCCAGCGCCGCUAGGAAGUUGCUGCAGAUGUUGUGCUUCUCCUAUCGUCACUCAAACACGUCACCACCCUCAGUCUUCAUGAACAUAUAUCAUCUAAAAAGCUUGAUGAUUUGGUAGAAAGAAGAGCAAUAAUAAAGAGUCUUGUCCAUGUUUCUGUUUCUAUGCCUAAUAAAAAAUUAAUAAUAAAG